AUGAGGGAGGAGAAAGUUCCAGAGAUGAGGGAGGAGAGAGUUCCAGAGAUGAGGGAGAAGAGAGUUCCAGAGAUGAGGGUGGAGAAAGUUCCAGAGGUGAGGGGGGAGAGAGUUCCAGAGGUGAGGGGGGAGAGAGUUCCAGAGAUGAGGGGGGAGAGAGUCCCAGAGGUGAGGAGGGAGAGAGUUCCAGAGGUGAGGGAGGAGAGAGUUCCAGAGAUAAGGGGGGGGAGAGUUCCAGAGGUGAGGGGGGAGAGAGUUCCAGAGAUGAGGGGGGAGAGAGUUCCAGAGGUGAGGAGGGAGAGAGUUCCAGAGGUGAGGGGGGAGAGAGUUCCAGAGGUGAGGGGGAAGAGAGUUCCAGAGGUGAGGGGGGAGAGAGUUCCAGAGGUGAGGAGGGACAGAGUUCCAGAGAUGAGGCGGGGGGGGGGGGGGGGUGAGAGUUCCAGAGGUGAGGGGGGAGAGAGUUCCAGAGAUGAGGGGGGAGAGAGUUCCAGAGGUGAGGAGGGAGAGAGUUCCAGAGGUGAGGGGGGAGAGAGUUCCAGAGGUGAGGGGGAAGAGAGUUCCAGAGAUGAGGGGGAGAGAGUUCCAGAGGUGAGGGGGAGAGAGUUCCAGAGGUGA